GGAAGAGAAAAUGGCUGAGGGGUAUGAUCCCGACGCGUUCGACUCAACGGCAGUCGUAAACGCAGAGGAGUGGAACAGGAGCGGUCCCGACGGAGAAACCCUCACAAGAGCCGACAUCUUACCCGACGAGGUGUCCAGAUUGAGCAAGGAGCAGUUGGGGGAAGGCUUCCUCAAAUCGGCCGAGCACGGAGCCACAGAUGUCCUGCGAGAGCUUCACACUCUAUGUGGAGAUGACGUCGUACACACCGUGGACUCUGACCUCUACACACCUCUCCAUCGAGCCAGCUACAACGGUCACUUGGAGAGUGCAGAGUACUUAUUGUCACGGGGAGCUAGAGUCGACUCACUGACUGUGGAUGGGUGGACACCUCUCCACUGUGCAUGUCGCUGGAACAAAGUGGCAGUGGCGGAUCUCCUUAUU